AUGCCUGUGGUGGUUGAUAUAAGCUCUGAUGAAGAAGAGGAUGUGAAAGAGGGAUCCAAAUAUACUGAUUUGGAUUGGAUUGAAGAGUUGCUAUUUAAUUCUGGAGAUGAAUCUGAUGGUGAUUCUGAUGUUGUCUUCCUUCAUGAGAACAAACCAUCUGAGUUGAAGUCAAGAUCUUCAACUUUGCCUGUGAAAGAUGUUGAUGAUGGUGAUGAUGAUGAUUGUUUGGUUCUGGAAGAUGACCCUGAAAAUGGUGUCACUUCUCUCGAUGAUGAGGAUGCAACUGGGUCAGAUGAGUUGGUUGUAGUUGGUGAGAAGGGUCAGAUUGCUUGUAGAGACUAUCCUCAUGCCCGACAUCUUUGUGCUAAACUUCCUUUCUCUUCCACCCCUCAUGAGAAACAUUGUGGCCUGUGCCACUGUUAUGUUUGCGAUACCCUAGCACCAUGUCUAAAGUGGGGAACUGGCAUUUCGAGUUCAGAUCAUUGUCAUGCAAAUGACAAAACUGAGUUGUGGAAAAUUCAGAGGAAAGAUUUCAAGCGGACCCUGAGUUCCCCUUUACCAGCUUCAACUAAGUAUGGUACUUCACUUGGUUUGGUACGUUCUCAAAGUAACGAAAAUCUUCCUUGUGAUAUUACUCACUUGUCUCCGAUUUCUGUGUUACGGAAUCAAGCAGCCAGAUCAUCUGCAGUGCCCACUCCCUCACUCAACUACAUACCUCAAAAUCAGGUCUCUCGGCCAAAAGCAACAUAUGCCCAGUUCUCACUUAAUUCUGUUAGGCAGAAUCAGAUCUCUAGACCAACUUAUACGCCUGUCUCCAAAGCCAGCAAUCUAACAAUCCCAAAUGGUGCAAACCAUGGUAGAUUUCUUCUAUCAAGAUCUAAUUUGCCGAGAGACAGAAACCGGCCUCACUAUGUUCCAAAGCAACUGCUGGGUGUGCGCAAUCAUGCCAUCCAAAGGGGGCAAGGAAGGGGUGUAAGUAGUUUAGGACCACAGUUCCUCCGUUCUCCUAUGAUGUCCAAGGGGGGUGUAGGAAGUUUGGAGGGAAUAUUGGCAGCUAAUCAUUCAUCUCAUGGUUCGUCUGACUUUAACAUUCAUGUUAAUGGAGGACAACACCCUGUGGAUUUUCAUGUAACUACAGGAUUCUCAAAUCUCGUGAAUUCAUCAAUCUUCUCACAUUCAAGCUUAGGACCAGUCAGUCUUGGUCGUGUCAAUCCACAUAACAGGACUCCUGAACCCCCAUAUGGCCCAUCAUUAUCCCAAUCAAAUAAUAGCCAGAAUAUCCUUCAAACUUGUAUUCAGGGUAAUGAUGCUACACUAUGUGGAGUUACAAGUCAAGAUACUUGCCAACCAAAGCCACAAGAACAAAAUCCAGCUAUAACUGCCGAGAGAGUUUCUGCUGUAGACUCAAGUUGGGCUGAGAAUAUCAAUCAAAGCACUGAACCUGUAUUUGAAUGCUCUCCUCUACAAACCUCGGGAUCUACAAACCAACCUCCAAAUGUGGAGAAGUUCAGUACCCACUUAAUUGAAACUGUUGAACCGGUAAAUGAAAGUUCUCGUACACCUAAUACGAUUGUUGAUUUUGAAAACUGGCUUUCGGGUAAAGAAACUGGUCCAAUGGCAACUGAUAGUGUUUUGCCAUUUGAACUGAAUAUACCAUCUCCAGAUCCUAGUCCAUUUAAUGAUGAUACGGACAUGCUUUUAUCUCCGUGGUGGUGA